AGAAAGAUAUGAAAAGGAUGUCUAUCGAACCGACACCGACAAUCGAGCCGGAUAUUCCGGAGGUAAUAGAAACGGAACAACCACCGAUACCGUUGAUAUCAUCGGUGACAGGAGAACGAUUCGGACCUCGAAUUCGUUACGUCAACGAAAGAAGAGAGGAAGAAAGUUCCAACGACGAACCUGAAUCAGAAAGCGACGAUGAGCUGAGACACCUGCAGGACGAGCCAUCGGAAGUGCCGUCGGAGUUUUGGCACAUACAGAAGCUCAUCAGAUACAUGAAAGCGGGAAAUCAAACUGCGACCAUGGUGGCUGUCUGUCUUUUGAAAGAUUACGACCUGACGAGCAGGAUUAUACAGAAAGCAAUUCAAGAAAUGGGUGGUCUGGAGAUCCUGGUGAAUCUACUCGAGACGAAAGAUCUGAAAUGCCAGAACGGCUCUUUGUCAGUUUUACUUCAGAUUGCAACGUCCUCAGAAAUGCGACGGUACCUAAUCGAUCUUGGUAUUGUAACACCGUUGAUUCAAAUGUUAAAGCAUCCAGCUAGAGAUAUUCAAGUUCUGGCUGCAGAGACUAUGGCUAUUAUCGCGAGAAUUAGAAAAGCGAGGAAACAAAUACGAAUUCGAGGCGGCAUACCUCUGAUUUUAGACGUUAUGGACGUGCCAGACACUAUUCUCUUAACACGUUACGACGAUCUGAACGAAACUGACAAGGAAUUAGUAGCGGUCGCGAUAGCUUGUGCCAGAGUUUUAGAUUCUUUGAGCAGCAGCCCGAAGGUAAGGGACAAUCUACGGAAGUAUGGAGUAGUGAAGCACAUGGAACGUUUCCUCAAGUCGCAUCACACCUCUUUGAUAAUACCGAUGAUGGGAACUGUUCAGCAGUGUGCAAGUAUGGAGGUAUUUCGCAAAGCGUUCGAGAACACUGGUAUCAUUUACGACGUGGUGCGACACCUGCAAAGCGACAAUAUCAAAUUGAAAGAAAAUUGCGCUCUAGCGAUAUUCAAAUGCGGUCCGAAUAAAAUCGCGAGAGAUAUGGUCCGCGAGAUUUCCGGCCUGGAUCUACUAUGCACACUCUUGCAAAACAAAGAUGUUCGUGCUAAUAAACGUUUACUGGCUGCAGUAACAGGUGGUAUAUGGAAAUGUGCCAUAAGUCGAGAGAACGUGGUAAGAUUUAACCAGAAUGGCUUGGUCGCCUGUCUGGUACCAUUUUUGGAGGAGCACGAGGACGAGGAAGUGCAAGCGAACGUCGUAGGGGCAUUGUACGAAUGUUGCAAGGAUCCUACUAAUAGAGACGUCUUAAGAGCCAACGAAGGUCUGCCAAAAUUGAUCAGAUUGCUGAGCUCCACGUACGAGCCUCUGCUGGAAAAUGUGCCAUUGGUGAUAAUGGAGUGCGCGCAGAACGAACACUGCAUGGACAUCAUCAAUGACCCCGAGCACAUCCACGACGGCGUUCGAUUAGUCUGGUCGUUGUUGAAGCAUCCCAGCGAUACGAUCAAAAGAAACGCCUGUCUUGGUCUGGUUCCUUGCAUCAAAUACGCCAAGGAUUCGCCUGAAAUGGUGCGGGCAUUCGUCGGUGGACUAGAACUUACGGUCAGCCUUCUCGAAAGCACAAACACCGAAGUGCUGAGCGCGGUGUGCGCCACUAUUGCUGAGAUCGCUACAGACCCCGAAAACUUAGGCAUUCUCAGCGAUCACGGUGUGGUGGAAAGAUUGGCGCAGCUCGUGAGCACGAAAAAUGAAGACCUGCGUGCAAAUUUAACCUUGGCCAUAGCUCACUGCUGCGACUGGGGAGAUAAUAAUAAUAAAUUUGGUCAAUUAAACGCGGUCGCUCCACUUGUUAAUUAUAUGACUAGCAAAAACGGAAAAGUUCUUAGGGGAGUUUGCAUAGCGGCGUAUCAUUUAAGCAAAGAACCCACGAACUGCAUCACCAUGCACUCAGCCGGUGUCAUAAAGCAUGUGCUACGUUUGGUGGGGUCGGAAGAUCCGGAAGUGCAAAUUGCUGCAGCAUCUACCAUUCGAAACAUCAGAAAGCUUGCAUUAACAGCAGAGAAAUUACACUUUAAAGAAAUAAGUACACUGCAAGAGACAGAUUUUCAUCUAUAACAUCGAAG